AUGAGAGUCUCAGCAGUGAAUCUUAUCGCUCUGUGCUGCUCUGAGCGUAUCUCUUUAAGGUUCAAUCAGAAGAAGAGGGCGGAGGAAGGAAUUUUUCCCACCCAGGGAGCUGAACUACCAGGCGCGGGCAAUGAGAAGCCGCUGAGCACAAGCCUCCUCCUUCUGUCUCCCUGCAUGAGCCUGCCUCUGCCAGCUGAUCCCCAGCUCUGCUAUGAUUUAAAGUGUGCGACCUGCAGAGUCCCCUCCCUGCUGCCCCUCUGUGUCUUUGGGCUAUGGUCCUGA